AUUGUGCUUCAGCUCGGAGUCGGACGUGCUUUUGUCCAGCUUUUCGAUUGCGUUGAUUGUUUUUGCUGUUUGCGGAGUUUGCUAAAGAAGACUUUAGAGAAGAAAGAUUUUUAAAAUAAUACAAAAAAUAAUGGAUUAUAAAAACAAGGUUAUUGUAUAUGAAAAUUUUAUAAAUGAUGUUUUAAAGGAAGAUUUAAAAAAGAUUCUGAAAGAACGUGAUCGAGUGUGCGGCAGAUUAGCAGAAUAUUUACAAUUACAGACUGUCAUUGAAAGACUACAGGAAGAAGAAGUUUCGGAAACUUUAAAAACUAAAAUAGAUAUUGGAUGCAAUUUUUACGUCCAAGCGGUAGUUCCAGAUUGCAAAAAAAUAUUUCUGCACAUUGGAUUUGGUUUUUACUUGGAAUAUACAUUGGAUGAAGCUAUACGGUUUAUAAAUAAGAAAGUUAAACAGUUGAAUAAGGAACUCGAAGAAUUGUCAAAAAAUUCUGCCAAAGUCAAAGCGCACAUCAAAUUAGUACUUGAGGGAUUAAGAGAAUUGCAAAACUUGGAAGCCCAAACAGAAAAACCAAGAAGAGAAAUAUUUUGAUGUAAUUGGAAAUUUAUUAAAUGUAUAUAUCUUGUAAUAUGUUAUUUGUAAUGAUAAAUAAAUAUUAGA